CACCUUUGAGAAGCCCACAACUUACCACGGUAAUCCUAGCAACUCUUACCAAGCUACAAUGGCCGAAACCGCUCCCGUGAAGAAGGCUCCUGCCAAGAAGCCCACCCACCCCCAGUACGCCGUCAUGAUUGCCGCUGCCAUCAAGGCCCUGAAAGAGCGCACCGGUUCAUCUCGCCAGGCCAUCCUCAAGUACAUCGUCGCCAACUACAAGGUCGGAGAUGAGAAGAAGGCUGGCGUCCGCCUCAAGCUGGCCCUGAGGAAGGGAGUUACCAAGGGAACCCUGAAGCAGAUGAAGGGAACUGGCGCCGCUGGUUCAUUCAGACUGGCUAAGGACGAGCCCGCUGCCAAGAAGCCCGCUGCCAAGAAGCCCGCUGCCAAGAAGCCUGCUGCCAAGAAGCCCGCUGCUAAGAAGCCCGCGGCCAAGAAAGCCGCUGCCAAGAAGCCUGCAGCCAAGAAGAGCCCAAAGAAGCCCGCAGCAAAGAAGGUUGCAAAGAAGCCCGCUGCCAAGAAGCCUGCAGCAAAGAAGCCUGCAGCCAAGAAGGUCGCAAAGAAGCCCGCUGCCAAGAAGCCAGCAAAGAAGUAAAUGGCUUCUAGUGCAAGACAAUCCUAGUUUGUAAGGCAGAGUUAUUUAUUUUAAUUUAAGGACGUUCUCAUUUACAAAAUGUAGAUAUGUAAAUAAUAAAUCUCUAUUUUACCAAAA